AUGGAGGCCCUCAUCAACGACCACCAAAGCCAGAACCUGGACGCACUCCUAAUCCAGGAACCGUCCAUCAACACCUAUCGAACCCAUGUCAACCAUAGCGCAUGGCGCUUGUACAGGCCAACGGUCGAGACAGAUGCGGUUCGGUUCCGGAGCCUAAUCUAUGUGAACCGGAGUCUUUCUACUUCCUCACACCGCCAGAUCCCAUGCUCCCACCCCGACAUCGUGGCUAUCAAGAUCUGGACAGCUGAAUCCCAAACCCUUAUUUUUUCUGUUUACAUCCCACCUAUUCCGCUAUACACCCCGGAUAAUGCAUCAGCAGAACCAGCGCUCACAGCGAUUCAAAACACUAUUUCGGACGCCCUUCGGGAUGACCGACGGUCGACGAAGAUCAUCCUCGCCGGAGACUUCAACCGACACCACCCGACCUGGGGAGGAAACAACAUCCCGCCACGGUUCAUCGAAGACGCAAGCGACCUGAUCGACUUCUUCCAAACUCACAACCUACAUAGUUGCCUCCCUAGAGGGACGGCGACCUACUGGUCCCUCAGCCAGCCAGGGAGGAUCUCAACUAUUGACCAGACGGUGACCAAUCGCCCAGACCUACUCAUUAAAUGCCACCUCUACCACGAACAUUACGGGUCUGACCACCGCGCCACGUAUUCGGAGUGGGCCCUCCAAACCCACCGCAUCACCACUGCCCAGAAACGAAAGGCAUACAGCCGUGCAGACUGGAACAAGAUCGGCGAAAAUGUAGCGAGGCAGACUGGACCUCGGAAAGAAAUCAAAACCCGCCCAACCCUCGACGACACGGUACAGAAACUCAUAGACGCAACCACGGAAGCCGUGAACCAGUACACGCCUAACACGCGCCCAUGUCCAUACUCUAAGCGUUGGUUUACGCCAGACCUCAAAGCACAACAGAGCAUAGUCAACCGAAUUCGUCGGAGAUGGCAGCAGAGCUGCGCAUCUCUUGGACGUGACCACCCUCACACAAAAGAUGCUUUCCGGGAGAUGCAGGAAAGUCGACGGGCCUGGACCCGGACGAUUGAGAAAGCCAGGGCAUCUCGCUGGAAGCAAUUCCUCGACGAAGCAGGAGAAGGAAAACUCUGGAAAGCUGCCACCUACAUGAAACCGCGAGAUAGCUGGGGCUGUGUUCCAACCCUGAGGGUGGACGACCACGAAGUCACCGAGAACGAACCCAAAGCGCAGGCCUUCCUCAACUCCUUCUUCCCAGAAAUGAGUACACCAGACGACAGUGUGUCAACGGCGGCACCGUUGGAACUCCCAUGGCAACCUAUCACCGAGCUAGAGAUCCAACGAUCUCUUAAAUCUGCCAAAGGGACCACCGCACCGGGAGAAGAUAACCUACCAAUGCUAGUAUGGAAACAGCUAUGGACACACCUAAGGAGUGUCAUCACCGGGAUAUUCAAUGCCUCAGUGAAUCUAGGGUACCACCCGAGACAAUGGCGGACCGCGAAGAUUGUGGUGCUAAGGAAACCCGGGAAACCGGAUUACUCGAUCCCUGGUGCCUAUCGCCCGAUCUCCCUCCUCAACACACUGGGUAAGCUCCUAGAAGCAGUCGUCGCCAGACGACUCUCACACCUUGCUGAAAAGCACGGGCUGCUACCGGACACUCAGUUCGGCGGUCGCCCGGGAAGGACCACAGAACAAGCGCUGCUGGUACUCUCGAAUGCGAUCGACCGGGCAUGGUACAAGCACAAAGUGGUCACUCUUGUGGCAUUCGAUCUGAAAGGAGCCUUCAACGGAGUCCACAGGACAAGCCUAGACGCCUGCCUCGAGCCAAAAGGAUUCCCACCGUAG